AUGCAUGAGUUCGCCGUCUCUUUUCCGUUUUUUGGCGCUGCCAAGCAUGUGAAAUUUCGGCAUACAGGAAACACGCUUCAUAGGAGAGUUGACGGCUCGAGGCAUAAGAUUCUCUUCCAAGAUGACAUCAAACCAAUCUAUAAUCCACUACAAUUUGGGGAUGAUAGAAACUACCACCCAGUUUUCGAUCCAUAUCGUAAUCAAUACAACGCCAGUUUGGUCUUCACAUUGGAUGAAGUUCGGAUGUUGUGCCAAAACGUUUAUGAAUGCGAAUAUGAUUACUUGUUGACCGGCAGGCGUGAAAUUGCUCUAAACACUUUGGAAGUUCAUGCGAAAUUGGGAGAUUUAAAGAGCAAAGGAUCAAAAAGAGUGAUGUCUUGUGGUGCCUUGUUGACAGCUCCUGGAGUAGUCAAGUACCCACCUGGAAACAACUAUCUUGACGGUGUCACAGUUACUUUUACAUGCAAACCCGAAUACUUUAUUCACGGUGAUCAGCAAAGGACUUGUGUGAAUGGAACUUGGACUCCCGGAUGGCACGUUUGGUGCCGAUAUCGCUCGACUGAAAUCGGCUUGAAAUGGAUGACAGGAAUCCUCUCAUCAGUUGCCAUUCUUUUGGCGAUCAUUUCGAUUUUCAUUGGAUGCUAUUUCAGACGAAUCACUUUACAUCCCGAGACACGAAUCACUUUUCGGAAAAAGACCUUUAGUAGCUCAACCGCAACCGUUUCGACGGUCGCAUCUGAUUCGGAUAAAGUUGGGCAAUUGCCCGCAAGAAGUUCUCCAAGAUUUUCAACAAAUCCACAACCAGAUCCACAGUCAAUUUUGCGUCGUCAUGCCCCUUCACCUUUCAGAGGAUAUGUUACAUCAACU